AUGGGAGAAGAUGAGCUGUCUAAGACUCCUCAAAGCAAGGCGACUAGGACUACUAGCCGCAUUCUAGCCGCAUGGAGUAGCCAGAAGAGAAGACAGCAAUCAAGCAAGAAAGAAGACAGGACAGACUUGAUCAAUCAAACAUACUUUAUUCCUGUGGCCAGGUCGGGUUACGGGUUAGGCAAGGAAUCAGAGCGGCUGAACGAAAACCGGCAUAGAAUGGAAUUGAUUGGUUCGCCACUUCUGAAGAAGCGAAGGAGGAGGGCGCAAGGAUCAACCAGCUCUUCUUAUUACGAUUACGUGAGUUUUGACUAUCGGGAUUUGGCUCAUUCAAUGCCAUCAACCAAGGAAGUUUUUUCGACUUCAGGGAGCUCAGUUGAGUGGAAGCCGCCAAAGGAGAAGAAUGCCACUUUAUCGAAAGGGGAAGGACGGUCAGACAGAACUCGACUUCCAGUCCAGCAGAGAGAGAAAAGGCUAUCCUCGAUUCUUUCUCCAAACCGGAUGGGACCUAACAAACUCUCUACGUUCGUACCUGCAGCUAACAAGUCAGAAGUGUCCCUUGAGUCCGAGUUAGCUGCUCUAGUUCUAGUUCAAGACAGGAAAGUAUGGGACCGCUUGCUUAUGGCUUUGGAAGCGAGCAACACACGUGCAGGAGAAAUUGAUCAGAUCGCCUUUGAAAUCGAUCUUUUCCAUAGUGGUCUGAGGGGUUUGUUCCUCUUCGGGCAUGCUACAUCGGAUCAAGUCUUCCAGGUGAGUGUCAGCGAAGAGUGGGAAGGUGGUAAUGAAAUUGGCUCCAAUGCCAAUAAGAAAGCUGCCACUAAUAAGUUAAGUGAAGUGCAUCAGAAAGGCUUGCACUUGAUCAUCAUCCACGGCCAUACCUACUCUUCUGGCCUUCCACUUGAUCUGCCGGUAGUUACUGAGAUGUUUCAGCUAGGGGGAAAGAGUGGUAUGACCGAUAUUCGACCCAAGUCAAUUGGAACUGCUUUGGAACAAGCUCAUGAGCUACGUCACUACUCACUAGUUGCCCACCCGGGUCUAGAACCCGGUGGUAAGAGCUUGGGGAUCAGAAAGCUAUAUUGGAUUAGAAGUGCCGAGUCUGUUCCUGGCUUUGGGACAAAGAUCCACUCAGUCUCGCGAGACCAACAGUUGAUUGGAUCUACAGAUCUAGGGCUAUCAGGACUGGAUGGGAAAGCUUUAGAAGUCAGCCUUCCGUAUACUCUACUUGUUCACCUGUGUCGGUUUGGGGUACGGUCAGUUCACCGGGAGGAUCGCCCUCCCAAUUCGAAGUUUUUUCCUGGAAGUUUCAACCUUGUUGACUAUGACAACAGUCGCGACUAUGGCAGGGCGACUCGUGACGCUGAACAACACAUUCUAAAACUAAAGCGCACACUAGAAAGUGCUUCGAAAGGGCAGGUGCGCGGAGCCCGGCAUGUUCGCCCGCUGGGCCGAGUCGAGUGUUCGCCCACUUCUGAGUCUUCGCCUUUAGAUAACAAAAAGUGUCCGCCCCGCCAAACUACGACGAGAGUUUCGCCUUUUGAAGCGCCAGUCGCGUAG